AUGGAGUUGGGGGAUUCGACGGCGGUGAUUCCAGACUCGUUCAUCGGAUACAGAGACGACAUAACAAUGCAAAUGUCAAUGAUUUUGGAUCAGAUUCGAGCUCCAUUGAUUGUCCCAGUCCUCAGACUCGGAGUUUAUAUCUGUUUAACAAUGUCGGUGAUGCUCUUUGUCGAAAGGGUUUACAUGGGAAUAGUAAUCUCUCUUGUGAAGCUGUUUGGUCGAAAACCAGAGAAACGUUUCAAGUGGGAACCAAUGAAAGACGAUAUCGAGCUUGGAAACUCUGUUUAUCCUAUGGUUCUUGUUCAAAUCCCAAUGUACAAUGAACGAGAGGUUUAUCAGCUAUCUAUUGGAGCUGCUUGUGGGCUCUCAUGGCCUUCCGAUCGAAUCGUCGUUCAAGUUCUCGACGAUUCCACUGAUCCAACGAUCAAAGAUCUAGUGGAGAUGGAGUGUAGCAGAUGGGCGAGUAAAGGAGUGAACAUAAAGUAUGAGAUCAGAGACAACAGAAACGGAUACAAAGCCGGAGCUUUGAAAGAAGGAAUGAAGAAGAGUUAUGUCAAAAGCUGCGAUUACGUCGCAAUAUUCGACGCCGAUUUUCAGCCUGAACCGGAUUUUCUCUGGAGAACCGUACCGUUUCUCCAGCACAACCCAAAGCUUGCUCUCGUUCAGGCUCGCUGGAAAUUCGUAAAUUCGGAUGAAUGUUUGAUGACAAGGAUGCAAGAAAUGUCUUUGGAUUAUCAUUUUACGGUCGAACAAGAAGUUGGUUCUUCUACUUACGCCUUCUUCGGAUUUAACGGGACGGCGGGAUUAUGGAGAAUAUCGGCAUUAAACGAAGCUGGUGGUUGGAAAGAUAGAACGACCGUGGAAGAUAUGGAUUUGGCCGUUCGAGCUAGUCUCAAGGGUUGGAAGUUUUUGUACCUUGGUUCUUUGAAGGUUAAAAACGAGUUGCCAAGUACAUUCAAGGCGUAUAGGUAUCAACAGCACAGGUGGUCAUGUGGUCCAGCAAAUCUUUUCAGGAAAAUGGCAUUCGAAAUCAUGACCAAUAAGAACGUGACUUUAUGGAAGAAAGUUCAUGUGAUAUAUAGCUUCUUCGUGGUGAGAAAGCUCGUGGCGCACAUUGUUACCUUCAUCUUCUACUGUGUUAUCUUACCGGCUACGGUUCUUGUGCCGGAAGUUUCCGUACCGAAAUGGGGAGCGGUUUACAUUCCUUCUGUCAUUACUCUGCUCAACGCCGUUGGCACACCGAGGUCACUGCAUCUUAUGGUGUUUUGGAUUCUGUUCGAGAACGUCAUGUCUCUUCACAGAACAAAAGCUACAUUCAUCGGUUUGCUCGAAGGAGGAAGAGUUAACGAGUGGAUUGUUACUGAGAAGCUCGGAGAUCUUAAGGCUAAAUCAGCCACCAAGGCUCCAAAGAAGCUUCUUCGUUUUAGAUUCGGAGAUAGGUAA